UCCGCAGCCGCCGCCGCCCGCAGCACCAUGGCCAGCACCGUGUCCGCCUACAAGGAAAAGAUGAAGGAACUGUCUGUCUUGUCGCUCAUCUGUUCCUGCUUCUACUCGCAGCCGCACCCCAACACCAUCUAUCAGUAUGGGGACAUGGAGGUGAAGCAGCUGGACAAGCGGGCUUCUGGCCAGAGUUUCGAGGUCAUCCUCAAGUCCCCCUCUGACCUGUCCCCUGAGAGCCCUGUGCUCUCCUCCCCUCCCAAGAAGAAGGACGUUUCCCUGGAGGAGCUGCAGAAGCGAAUGGAGGCAGCUGAGGAGCGGAGGAAGACGCAAGAGGCGCAGGUGCUGAAGCAGCUGGCGGAGCGACGCGAGCACGAGCGUGAAGUACUGCACAAGGCGCUGGAGGAGAACAACAACUUCAGCCGCCUGGCGGAGGAGAAGCUAAACUACAAGAUGGAGCUCAGCAAGGAGAUACGUGAGGCUCACCUGGCGGCGCUGCGCGAACGGCUGCGCGAGAAGGAACUGCACGCCGCCGAGGUGCGCAGGAACAAGGAGCAACGGGAGGAGAUGUCCGGCUAG